AUGAUGCGAAUUAAUCCACCUCCAUUAAUAGUCAAACCUAAAGCAAAUUUAAAACCUGAAUUAAAUUCUAAUAAUUACUCAAGCAAUUCGAUAGAAAUAAGUCAAAGAAUUUCUCCAAAACCUAGUACAUCUUCCGAAAAUCAUACAAAUUUAAAUAUUGAAAAUGAUAAUACUUUACAAAUUAACAAGCCGUUGGAAGAAAGAAUAGUAGAAGAUGAUAGUGACCCAAAACCUGAGAACCGUAUUUCAGAAAAUAGUUUGAUCUCCGAAAUUCUUGGAGAUUCUUCGUCUCCAAUAAAACCAACCAAAACAAAAGACAUUACUAAAAUAAAAGGUUGGCGUGGAAAACAAUUUUUGAAAACAAAUUCUAAUUCACAAUUCCCAACAGUUAGUAUUGAUAAACCAAUUGAUGAUAAAUCAAUGGAUUUACCAGAAACAUUGGAAAUAUCCACAAAAUCUGCUUUUGAAAGUGAAGCAUUAGAUAAAUUUUUAACAAAUGCAAAAUUGAAUAUAAGUUAUGAAGUUCCGAAAUUGAUUGCCGAAGAAUCCAUUUCAAAGAUUGAUCAUUUUAAAGUAAUGAGCUCGCAAAAUGCAAAUCCUACGGUUAAAUCUAUUGCGAAAAAUUCCGAUAAAAAAUGUAAGGCAAAAACCUUAGCAGAAAAAAGAAAAAUGAUUGAAAAUGACCGACAAAAAGAUUUAUUACAUGAAAUGGAAAUAAAUGAAACUACACUUUUAAAACAAUUGAAACGUGAUGAGAAACGGCAUCGAAUUGAAACGAUAAAUGAAAUCAGAGAUACUUUAAAGAAUCAAUCGAUGCCCAUAACACGAGAAUGCUGGAAAACUGCAAUGAAAAAUGAAACUAAUCAAUCUGCAUCGCAAGUAAUUACUAACAAUAAUGAAAUCAUACAAAUUACUGGCAGUUUCGAUGAUGUUGCAAUUCGUUUAACAGAAAAUUUAAUUCGAACUGAAAACAAAAACUUGUAUUACCAAAAUGUACAAAUAGUUGAUGAAAUUAGUUUUAAGGAAAUUAAACCAAAUUACAAAGCAAUGUUUAGUGAUAGUGGUUGUAAAUAUAAACCAGGACCAUUGUGUAAAAAACCCUUCUUAGAUCAAUUGAAAAAUAGUAAUUGGGAGACUGUGGUUGUAUCAUUACCAAAAGUUUUUUUGCAAGUACAUUCUGAAUGUGGUAAAGAAAUGGAUCCAAAAAUUCGACCGUACGUGCAAACAGAAGUAUCUGAAAAAGGUUUUAUUUCAGACUUGUGGGCAAAUUUUGCCGCUUCUGCUGUGAUUCAAGAUAAUAAAAAUAUUUUUGAUUUUCCAUUAAAAUAUUCCAACGAUCAACAUAAAGUUUUAAUGAAAAGAAAGAAAAUUGUUAAAAGUUCAAUUUUUUUGCAUAAUACUAAAGACGAUAUUGUAAAAGAUGAAAAGUUAGAAGAAAAUUCAGCAGAUAAAUCUUCAGUCGAAUCUCAAGUAAAGUCUGUUAUGGAUAGUAUAUUAAAAUAUUUAGAGACUCCAGUGCUCGAUAAUGCAAAUAUAAAUUAUUGUCCAGAUUGUCCUAAAUUUGAGGAAUCGAAUUCGUCAUUUUUACCUGUUACACAAGUUUCAGACGAUGUACACGCAAUACUUUCCACCUCGCGUAAACGAAAAUUACCAAGUUUACUGAAAACAGAAAGAGAAUUGAAACGAUUGAGUGUUCAAGUCAUUGAAGUGGAUAUGCAACCUGAAAAAAAAGCUAAACGCAUCAAAAAUGAAAAUUGUAUGAAGGCUGAAUGUCGCAUGGGGUGUGUUUGUUAUGAUUCGGGAGUAGAGUGGCCUCAACAUUGUGGUCGUGAGGAUUGUAUGUUACAAUGCCAGUGUCGUUCAAUAAAAAUAUCCGAUAAACAACGCGGUCAUCAAUAUAUUACCUUACCAGAAGGUUCAAAUAUAUUAUCAGCAAAGACAAUGGGUCAUAUAAGAGAUCAGGCGCAUAAAAACUUAGCAAAAGAAGAACGAAAAUUUACUCAAACAGUUAUUAAAGCUAAUGAUCAAACUAUUGUAGUUGGCGAUGGUUGUCGAGAACGUCGUAAGCGUGUGAAAAAAAUUCCACAGAAAUAUACGGAAUAUGUUAAAAAUUGUGCCGAACUUAAAAAAAUUCAUAAUUUUGAAGCAGAAGUACCAGAAAAACCUAAAACAAGACGAUCACUUCGUAUUUGGGGCCAGGAAGAAAAAUCAAAUCAAAGUUCUGAAGAUUUAAGUGUACCAAUAAAUUUUAAAAAUGAUUUAGAAGAUAAGCCACCAGUUACGCUUAAACAAGAAAUUAUACCAAUUUUGGAAAAUAUGAUACAAUUAAAAAAUGUUUUACCUUGGUGUAUGAUUCAUAAUUUAUAUAAAUGUUUUUGUAAUGGGCAUGCGUUAGAAGAUAUUUUAACACAAAAAACGAAAAAAAUUGUGAACACGGAAAAGGAAGAAGAAAAUGACAAUGAAGAAUACAUUUCGUAUACAUCAAAGCGUACAUAUGCCGCUGCCAAUCCAUUUGCAAACUCGGAAAUCAAUGUUUCUGCUCGUAUACGCGGCGUUCCUAACUUUUAUCUUAAUCGUAAUAAAUCACAGUACUUUAAAACUAGAAACAUUGAAAUACGUGAUAAGGAAAAGGAUUAUAAUUAUUUCACUGUUUCAACAUUAGAUGAUAGUAGUAAGGAUAGUUUAAUAGAAAUAAGAAAAACUCAAAAUCCAGUAAAAAUAAAAUUCCCACAUAGUUCAGAGUCCAUAGAAAAAUUAGAUAAAAUUGAAACGGAAACGUUAGAAAAAACAAAGAAUAAAAAUGAAACUGAAAUUACUGAUAAUACAAGAUCGAUUAGAAAGAAGACAUUAAGCAGAAAAUACUCCAGUAGUGAAUUCAUUGCUGAGUUGCCAAAAAUCAUCGAUACGGAAAAGUCAUUGUCGAAAAAAUCGAAGUCAUCAUCAAUAAUAGAAAAUAAAACAAGUAAGGCACUCGAAAAUAAAAUAACGAAAUCAGCCGAAAGUAAAACAAUCAAAUCAGCCGAGAGUAAAAUAACCAGAAAAGAAACAAAAAAAGAUAAUAUAAAACAAUUGAAAUUGGAUAAAAAGGUUUCAAAAUCUCUUGAAAAAAAUAAUUUACACAAUACAGAUGUGAAACAAAGCACUCAUAUGCCCCAAUCAGACCCAAAAAAGUCACUUCUGCUUUCAAAAACGUUCAUGUUACCUAAUUUAUUGAUACCAAUGCCCCAUAUACAAAAUCACUUUCGCUCCAUGGUUUUCAAAACAGCAUCAAAUAAACAUAUAUUUCGUUUAAUGCAAUGGGAAAAAUUGAACGAACAAUUUCAAAAAAGUUCCAUAUAUAUUUGGUACAAUCCAAAAGGCGUUGGUGGAAAAUUAAUUGCUACAAAAUCUGCAUUAGAACGCCCUUCGGAAAAUUACAUUAAUGUUAAAUAUUUUAAAAAUAUGACCACUGAAUUACCUGAUGUUGUGAAAGGAUUAAUUCAAGGUAAACUACCAGGGGUAGCUUUUGAUGCAAAAAACACUUAUGGUAUAUUUGUAUUUAAUGGCCAGUUUUGGGAAAUUCGUGGUACUAUUCUUAAAAAACCAACAGAUAGUCCAAUAAUAAAAGAAGACGAAAUUAUAAAAGAAAAUGAACUUGAUUUUCCGGAUGUAUCAAAUCCUAUUAAAGAAUUGCAUUUAGAAUCAAAAGAAGUGCCUUUAACUGUUGCCGAACCCGCAUUAAAAUCAGACACAGCUUCACCUGCCUCAAUACGUGUACCAAUUCCAGUUGGCACGAAAGAUUCGAGAUGGUUUAUGUUAAUUUUAGAAAACGAUUUUUCUGUUUUACGCGUUGCUAAUUCAACUGUAACGAUUAAAUAUGCUCAGUUAAAACAAGCCUGCCAAUUUGCAAUGCGUGUUUCAAGAACUGUACGUUUUCUGAUUCCUCGAAAUAAUAAACUUGAAGAUAACAAUAAUCCGGCAUAUGGCGGGUAUGCAGUUCCAGGACUGUUAGAAAGAAUAUUUUUUGGUCCCUAUGAUUUGGUUGAAGGCCAUGGAAUAAUGACUUACAGGUAUUUGAAUGGAAAAUUGGUUGAUACGAAACUUGUUGAUCAUUUAACAGGAACUAAUUCCAAAAAAAGUAAAGGAAUUUGGUUGUAUACAAAAGGUGGGCAAAUGACGGAAAUGAGUUCACUAUCACAGGAUACAAGUAUUAUACCUACUGUCGAUUUAACUGAAAAUGAUGAAGGUGAAAAUGAAAUUUUAAAUCAAAAUUGGGAUUCAAUUGAAGAAAAUAAAUCCAAUGCUCCUGAUACUGUACUUACUAAUAUCUUGAAUUCUGCAAUUAAUGUAUCCUGUACUUUGUUAUCUUCUAAAUCUUCUAGUAAUCAAAUAUCUAUGGACAAUAAUUUAACGCUGAAAAAAUACUCUAAUAAUGAGAAGCCGGAACUCACAAGUAAUAAAAAGGAAGUAUCAAUGCCAAAAUUAGAAAAAAUCGAUUCGAAGAUCAAUGUUAGCAAGAGUACCAAAGAGAUGCCAACAUUACAGCCAAUUGCUUCUUCAUCAGCUAUUGAAACUCUAAAUGAUAGUAAUUCGAAAGAAUUAAUAAAUUCAUUGCCAAUUUAUUACAAUUCAAGAAGAAAUCCAACAAUUAAACCGCGGAGACGAAAAGCACAAUUGCAAGAAAUUUGCAAUGAUGAUGAUUUGGAGAUUAUUUCAACCACAAUAUCUACGAAACCCAAAGAACGGACAAUGUGGCUAGUGUCGGAACCAAAGAACUUGGGUUAUAUUGAGAUUAAAACACACGUAAAUGGGCGAAUUGGUUUGAAAUCACCAAUCAAUCAGCAAGAAAUCGAAUUUAAUGAAAUGAGUGCGGCUAUUGAUUGGAUUGACAAAUUAUUGCGAAGAUUUGUACAUUUUGUUCCAAUUGAUUUUCAAAUACGUAUGUUUUUGGUUGAGGAUGAAAAAGCGUUAACGAAUCGGCAACCAUUGAAAGAAACCGAACUUCGUGGACAUCAUGUAAUUUGCAAGAAAGGCCUUUUUGAUUUAACGGAACUCACUUCAAAUGACAUUGAUGAUUUGGGCAUAUCGAUACGAGAGCGUGAUAAAUUAUUGGAACGACAGGCUACUCUGGUAUUACAAAAAUAUAUUUACAAAUUAGGUGACACAUUUUUACCCGUUGAGACAAUGCGAUCUAUGCUUCAUGAAACUAUAAUAAAUAUGGCGUCGCCAGCUAUUCGACGAUUACAAAAAGAAAACAUUAAAUUAAAAAAAGAAAAACGGGAUUGUUUGUUAGAAAAUCAACGAUUAAAAAAGAAAUUCAAUGAAUUAUCUAGACCAAUCGAUAAGAAUAAUAAGUCCUCUACAUUUGGUGUAGAUGCAGAAUACGAUGAUGAUGUCAUUUUAAUUGAAGAUGAUGAUGGCCCCCCAAAAGUAGCCAAAGAUAUUAAUAAGGAUCCGUUGGAAUUUCAACAGGAUAAUAAUUUAGUGAUAAGUAAUGUUACUAGUCUUGCAGAAAAUUUUAUUGAUAAUAAUCCUUCUGAUCCCCUAAUUAUAGAGUCCAUCACUGAAUCUUGUAAAAUUGUUGAUGGUAUAAUCCAAAAGAAUUCGGAACCAUCACAAUCAAAAUCCACUCCUAAUAAUAAUAAACGUUUUGAUCCAAAUAAAUUGCCAGUUACCACUCCUGACACUACAAAAGCUCCUGUAUAUGCUCCUGUUGUUCUCCCAGAUGGUAGAUCGAUAUAUAUACCCAUUGAACCAGCUAAUAAAAAUCGAAAGAUAGUGGUCAGUGAUAAUCAAUCGAAAAAAUACAGAAUUAAAAUAACACCGGUUGCUUCACCACCGCCUUUAAAGACAAGGCCAACAAAACCUUCAAAAUCGAUUAGUAACAAUCAAUCUUUAUUAAAAAAUCAUUCAAAAAAUUCUGAAAAGCCAGGGAAUGAUACUAACAAACCAAUUAUAAUGUCAGAAGUGAUAGAAAUUGAUUAGAAAUGAAUAUUGUUUUUUUUCUGCUCUUGUAAUAAAUAGUAAAGCUAAACAUUUCAAAUGUACUGAUUAACCCAUAGUAUCAACCAAGUUAAUAUUUUAAGCUAAUUGUCUAAGUCGUUUGAGAAUCACUCGCAAAGCAUCCGACUGGUUACCAAAGAACUGAAACAGAAACAAAGUACAUUACGAUUUAAAGUAAAUUUUUAGUGCACAAGAAAAUUGAAUAGGAUUGUGAUACGCAGAAAUAAUUAAAAAAUAGUGAAGCCUUUUCGGUUUUGAAAAAGUACCUAGUGAACUUUAUGGAACGAAGUGGCUAACUAUGUGUCAGUAUUAGUACUUCAAGGUUUUUCUCAAUGAAAUAAUUUAUUUCAGUUAGGUGAUUAAUAAAGAUUAAUUAAGGUUGUUCGUUUACGAUGAGAAAGACGGAUAGAUAAUUAAAGCGCGUGUAGUAAAAGUGUUGUAAUUAGUUAUUCAGAAUUUAACGGCUGUACAUAAUAUAAAAGUAUCUGUAGAUAGAUGCAGUACAGAGUGAGACGGAAGUCGGUAUACAGUUGUAAAUAGCAUAGAACCAAGGCAUAAAUAUUGCAAUUCAGGGACUUAAUAAUAAACAAUCGAAUCUUUUUAUAACUGUACAUCCACUUACGCCGUCACUCUUUUAUUUUUGUUUAAUUCGAUAAUAAUUAAAUAUUUUAUUAAAAAAUUUGGUACUUUUUUUAAGGGGGCGGAAAAAGACCGUUAAGAACGAUUUAACUAAGAAACGACUUUUUUUUUUUCAUAAAAUAUUCUUGAUCAUCUCAUCGUGAACCUAUAACUGUAAUUUAAUAUUUCGUUAGUUUUGAUUUUCAUUUGGAAAAUUGUACCUCUACUCAUACAAAAAUAGUUUUUUUUUCUCGUUAACAUUUAGUGUAUUUUUGUGUCUAAUUAAAUUCUGGUAUGUUUUUUAAUUUUUGAUAUU